AGGGAGCCGGUGGUCAGCUUGGAACGAUAUCAACGCGUAUUCUCCACGCGGUGGCACGUCGGUGUGCGGUAGGUAGUUAUCCAAUUGACAGUGCCCCCGUCUGACAUAGUUCAGUCGACGGCGAACUCAGGAUGAUCCGACCACGUCUCUGGCAACAGUGACGUUCUUUGCACGGGUCUGCUGUUCCGCGAGCCCACCGAAUACGCCGUUAACCACCGCGUGUUCAGCCUGUUAGAGACGGAUCGUGGAAGAGGAUCGGUCGGUGACUAUUGGGGAAUCGGGAUGACGAUUCCCGGACGGACAACGAUGGACGCGAUCGCGUUUUGGGACCGGGUCGCUGGUCCAGUGAGAACGAACCCGGUCAAGGUUGACCGUUGUCAGUGAACUGGUUCUUUUUUUCUGGCCGCCGAUAGAGAUCAACGUUCAUAGGAGAGAGCUCUGACGAGCAGGAUCGACGGCUACUUAUCAGACAAACGCAUCCGCGCGGGGAGGGGGGAGAUGCGAGCGGAUCGGCGCGAUUGACAUGGCAGCCGAUCUGUACUCGAAUGGAACCGUGAAGUCAACGUCCGGCAGAAUCGCGGGCAGCAUGAGGCAACGUAAGACCGGUACACUUGGCGCCGCGGCGCCUAUAUCUACGGAAGAAGAGAGGCUGAAGUUCCAAGACAACAGGUUCUUAACGACUUUGGUACUUGGGAAAAAUAGGAAAAUUUCGCCGGACGUUCUGCCCUCCUGUUCCCCGGGGAUAUUCCGGCAGAAGUCUUUUCGCGCCUCGACACCGCCGAGGAACACCGCUGCAAGCUUAGACUCCGCCGCGGCGAACAACCGUAAUCGCGCAGGCGUCGAUCCGAGUGGUCCACGUGAGCCGAAAACAUCUAACAAUAGCAGUCGCACAAAGUGCAGCGUGUUACUGCUCGCGCGAGGCGCCCGGGGUGCCAGCAAGCACGCGCGUCUUGGCACGGCACUGGCGAACAAAAUGGCGUCCUCGAGCUCCACCACGGUCGUGCAGGGCUGGCCGAACACCAAGGACGACUACGAGCUCAAAGAGGUUAUUGGUGUGGGUGCGACCGCCGUGGUACACGCAGCAUUUUGCAUUCCACGACAGGAAAAAUGCGCGAUAAAAAGAAUAAACUUGGAAAAAUGGAACACGAGUAUGGACGAGCUGCUGAAAGAAAUACAGGCCAUGUCCUCCUGCAACCACGAGAACGUUGUCACGUAUUACACGUCUUUCGUGGUGAAGGAAGAGCUCUGGCUUGUUCUAAGGCUGCUAGAGGGUGGUUCUCUGUUGGAUAUUAUCAAACAUAAAAUGAGAACCACCAAUUGCAAACACGGGGUGUUCGACGAAGCAACGAUAGCUACCGUGUUGCGAGAGGUGCUCAAAGGCCUUGAAUACUUUCACAGUAACGGGCAAAUACACAGGGACAUAAAAGCCGGUAAUAUCCUACUAGGAGAAGAUGGCACAGUGCAGAUCGCUGAUUUUGGCGUCAGUGCUUGGCUCGCAACAGGUCGAGACUUGAGCAGACAGAAAGUCAGACACACCUUUGUGGGGACACCAUGCUGGAUGGCACCAGAGGUCAUGGAGCAGGACCAUGGCUAUGAUUUCAAAGCAGACAUUUGGUCUCUCGGCAUCACCGCGAUCGAGAUGGCCAGUGGUACAGCUCCAUACCAUAAGUAUCCGCCGAUGAAGGUGCUAAUGUUAACGUUGCAGAACGAUCCGCCGACUUUGGAUACCGCCGCCGAUGAUAAAGAUCAAUACAAAGCGUACGGUAAAACAUUCCGAAAAAUGAUCGUCGACUGUUUACAGAAAGAUCCGACGAAGAGACCAACGGCGACGGAGCUACUGAAACAUCCUUUCUUCAAAAAGGCGAAAGAUAAAAAAUACCUGCAGCAAACCUUAGUAGCCAUUGGUCCUAGUCUGGAGACUCGCGUGCAGAAGGCUUCGAAAAGACAACCGGGCACGUCCGGUCGCUUACACAGAACAGUCACAGGCGAGUGGGUUUGGUCCUCGGAAGAGGAGGAAAGCGGAGCCUCUAGUGGCGAUGAAGGCAAAGAGGCUUUACCAGUCAAUACGAUCGAAAAUCCUAGUAGCGAGGAGGAGCCCGAUGAAGAGUUCUAUGGGCAAGUGAAAUCUGCGCCAAGUCAGCUUCUUGUACAAGCUACCGAGCAGAAUAUUCCCAUAAACUUGGUGUUGAGAUUACGAAACCAGAAACGAGAGCUUAAUGACAUUAGAUUUGAAUUCGCGGUUGGAGUGGAUUCCGCCGAGGGCAUCGCAGCAGAACUAGUCGGAGCAGGUUUAGUCGAUGGCAAGGACAUUGUUGUAAUAGCAGCAAAUUUACAGAAACUAAUAGACAGUGCCGGCCAGUUACGAACAGUAACGUUUUCACUGAAUUCUGGUCACGCAGCCAACGAAGUGCCAGACGACAAAGCAUUAAUAGGAUUUGCUCAGAUCUCCAUCACUGAUUAAACGAACUUCCAUCUCGCGUUCUGAAGUCUCAGGAUACAGUUCUUAACCACCGUUCAGAGAAUGGGAAGUAUCGAAAGCUCAUCGGUUCCUUCCUGAUGGCUUGGAGUGACCGACUACAAGAGGAUAGCUCCAAGAAACUUACGAAUUCAUAGCACACCUUUCUGUAUCGCACUUUUUUUACAGCUUUUGCUACUUUCACUUCUUCCAAGUUCGAAACAAAGUGCGACAGAGCAUUUUAGACACAGGGCGUAGGUGUACAAGACCUCCGUAAUAAACUGUACGUCGGUUACCACGAACAACUUGGCAAUGUAUUCAAAAGCGGCGUACAGACAGAUCGUCAGGUAACUACGAGUUUGUAAAUGUAUUUUUUUGAACCCUCUUGUUCCCGUAAAGUUUUAGAAACCUAAUGGUACUAAGAUUCUCAAUACUACACUUUUAAUGAACACCGUGACCUCGACUAAUUAAAUAAAAAUGUAGUCAUUAGCGCCGUUAGUAAAACAGUUGACGUUAAAUAUUAUUUUGUUCUAUGAGAUGUAAUUUAAGGUAGCGAGAGGGUUAAAUCGAAUUUUAAUCGCUGAACUCGAAUCAUUUGCGAAUCUUGGUGCGUACGCGAUUAUGCACGCAUAAAUAAGGCACGCAGAACGGACAAAAGGAACAGUAUCAUCCGUACUGGCUUAAAUAUCCACUUGCUCUAAUCAUUAAUGGCUGUAGUUCCAUAUAUUCUCAAUCUAUAUCAUUCAUAUUACAUUAAUUCCUGUAAAUAUUAGUAUUCGAAUCGUUUGUUAAGUUUACCAUUCUAUAAGAAAUACGAACACAGAAUUUCAAAUAACUAAGCAAAUGAGUGGCAAAUUUGUCUUCGGAGAUGCUCAAACAUUUGACUUACUUAUUUGGGAUAGCAGGCAAACACACAUUCUUAUACACAGUUAAGAAUUUAGUUACAGACAUAGGAUGUAUGCUGAACAUGUUUAACGCAUUCUGUACUAAAGCGGUCAUCAAUUUCUUGUAUAAUACAUAAAUUGUUAUCGUAUUUCCUUAUGCUUGAACGCUACAGGAUCCGUAGAACACACGAAAGUACUAAUGGAACGUGUUUUGUACUUAAUUAAAUAGAUUUACGUUAGCGGAUUUAUUAUUAUACGGCUUCGUAGAGGCGGACAAGUUAGCCGAGAAAAUGUUCCACGUGUCUUAAAAAAAAAAGUUUUAGAUAAUGAGCACACAGAUAUCUUUAGAGCAGAACUGUCAACCCUUUGCAGUUUUAUUUUGCACCGGCCUCAACAUUGUAUCCAAUUGUACUCUGUGUCGAACGCGAUAUAGAAUUUCUUAUAUAACAAUUAUUUAUAUGCGUUAAAAAAUAUUUGUUACUGUGUUAAUCCUUUGCACUUUAUUCGUUCGACAUAUUGAAAUAUAGUUUUGUAAAGGACCAAAAAAUGUGAAAAUUGUGUUCUAUCGUUAGCAUACCACUUUUUAAUUUAGAAGUAAAAUAAGUCAAUCUUGCAAAGGGUUGUAAACAAAAAAAAAAAAAAAAUAGAAUGCGUCGGAGUCACAUUACAAAAUUUACCGCGAGGGUGCAACAACUUAAUACUCGUUUAACUUGCAGUUGAAAAAAAAUCGAAGUCGAUCACGAAUUAGGCACGAAAUGAGUACAUUAUUGCGAUUAGGUUACUUCGAAAUCAAUGUGAUUCUGGUAUUUAAGAUGAUAAAGGAAACAAAUAUUUUUUCGCGACGUUAGGAAUCGAUAACGAAAAACGUAUCCGAAAAUAAAUUUGUUCGAUUGAGUAUUUAUUGCUUGAAGGGGGUUUUGUGAAUAAAGUCUACGAUUAAUCUCACGAAUAAACAUUCUUUUUUUUUUAUUUUUUAGAAAUUCUUUUAUCUAUUAUAAAAAAAUGAAGACUAAUCGUCGAAGUUUUAGCAUAUACUAAACAGAUUUUGAUAAAUUUGUUUGUAUUUGUUAUCAUAUGCUUGCGAGUAAAUGUUACCGAAAAGAUGCUAUUGUUCAUCGACUGGGAUGUUUCGCUUGUUACUUUGUCUAAUUUUACGUUUGCGCGAACGAUUAGUCGACUGUAAUCGAUCUAGAAACUUAACACAGUGCUUACCAAUUUUACUAUCCUCAAAACUACACUGAUAGACGACCAAAUUAAUAGUUGUAUAAUUUAAAAAGUAUUGUAGUCAUCAAAACGAAGUUGUCUCAUGGUUUCCAUAGUGUCAAUCAUUCUACAGGCUCGAAAAGAUUCUGAAUGAGUUUAUUGCAGGUACUAAAAUGAAUUUAAAUAACACUUUGGAGUGUAAUUAUUGGUUGUUUAAUGCUCUCUGCCAUUUUUGAAGACCAAAAAUAUAUGAAAAAAUCGAUAUUUCAAAAGAUUUACAGUAGAAUAUCCUCUUUACAUGGUCACAGAAA